ACUUAGGCACCUUUUUGUAUGUAUUAGGAAGUUAUGGCAGGAAACAUGGGGUGGGGUGUGAUAGAAGAGGAGGGAUGGAGGAAGGGACCUUGGACUUCUGAGGAGGACAGAUUGCUCAUUCUGUAUGUCAAGUUCCAUGGUGAGGGCAGAUGGAACUCUGCUGCUAGGCUUGCAGGACUAAAAAGAAAUGGGAAGAGCUGCAGAUUGAGAUGGGUGAAUUACCUGAGGCCAGACCUCGAGAAGGGUCAAAUAACACCACAAGAAGAAAGCAUAAUUCUAGAGCUGCAUGCUAGGUGGGGAAACAGGUGGUCAACAAUUGCAAGAAGCUUGCCAGGAAGAACUGACAAUGAGAUAAAGAAUUAUUGGAGGACUCACUUCAAGAAAAAGAUAAGGCCUACAACAAAUGAUGCACACAAGAUUUCAUGGUCAAACGUUGAAAGAGAAAACAAAAAGAAGCAUAACAAAGAUGAGGUAGAUGAGAAGGAACAAGAAAAGUUUGGUUUUGUGCUCAUGAACUUCAAUGAACAUCUCCGCCGCUGCCGCGUUCAACCACAACCAGGUUCAUCCAUUUUUUUCAAUUUCAACCAGGAUCUUCUCUUCUCCGAUGACGACUGUGCCACUAGUGUUCAUUUGCCGAUAAAGAUUUUUGUCGAACAUAAAGAUGGUUCUCUGUCACCAUUGGAGAAAGAGGCACUUCCGUGGAAGGGAUUGUAA